CAAUCAGCGAGCGCACACAGUAUAUAAAGCUCUCUUCAUGAAAACGGGAUGAGAUAGUUUGGAUGGUUUGGAGAUUGAGGGAGGCGAAGGCAAGUAAGAAACAUGAAGACCGUAGCCUUUCUCUAUCUUUGGUUCUUAUAUUUUGGGUACACUCUCUGUAGUCCUAGUCAGACUUCGAAUAUGAAAAAUGUGACGAAUGUUUAUGAGUUUCUCUGGGAGAACAAUGCAGACAUUGCCAAUGAGACGAUCAGACUGGACUUCCUGAUAGAAAUGCAGAACGGCAGCCUGCAGGCGGAGAGAUACAUCAACUUCACCAUCCAAGACAUUAACUAUGUACUGAACGUGACGAACAUGCUGAAGAAUUUAAGCGUAACUGUAACUCGGCCCAGUGACCUCAAGACCUUCUUUAUGGACAGAUACUCGAGCUACAAUAGCUUUGGAAAGCUGAUGCUCCAACAAUACGGCUUCACGAGCACGCCUCCCAUUCGGCAAACUCCAGCUAUGAAGCAGUAUCUCUCGUACUACAGACACCUGAUGAUGAAUGAAGACCCGCUGUACUUCGCUGUGGGUCUUCUGCCCUGCUCCAGACUCUGGCUUUGGCUGGCGGAUAAUCUCAGCACUCCUCCAACCAAUGCCUACUACACCUGGAAGGUGGAGAAUAUGGAAGGCAAUCCCGAGAAACACUACAAAGCUCUGCUGAACAAGCAUCUGAACACAACUGCGAAGGUGCAGAAGGCUAAUGUUGUUUUCCGCGCUCAGAUGCAGCACGAGCACGAUUUCUUCUACUCGUCUUGAGGGAGAAAUGUCGCAAACAGCCUUCUGUCUAAUCAACUCAAUGUUCCUCGAAAACGUGAUUUGAAGUACUUCACGGCUAUGGAAUAAAAAUGAACGAAUCGAUUAAAAAUUCUUUACUCUUUUAACCGAAUCACAUCUUUUAAUCACGAAAACGGCGUAUACACAGCCAGUUUCAACAGAAAUGUAAUUCUAUGCUAUUGUUCCUGAAUUUUUACUGUUUUUCUUCUUUGCAUUACCCAGCAACAAAUAAACAAAAAUACUACAACACGUC